AUGAUGAGCCAGUGCUCUCAUGUGGAUAGACCCACUGGAUACAACGAUGAACAGGUGUUGAGACGGAACGAGGCGGAAAACGUCCGUCAAAUUAUCAAGUUGAUCAAAUCUCGUGAGAAGACAACAAACCAACAUGUCUCUGAAGGAACGAAUCAAUCGCAGAAAUCGCUGCUCGAUAACUUCUACACGGAGCUCCACAUCGUGGCUUCUGAGCAGUCCAGCAUCAACAGCCAGCAUGAGGUGUGGCAGGCGGAAACAGCUCACCUCGUGGACCCCUCAGAAACCCGCGUUAAAUACCAUGACCUGUUUGAAGACCCAAAAAUAAAGCGAGUGCUGACCAAGGGCAUUGCUGGAAUAGGGAAAACUGUGACUAUAAAAAUGUUUAUCCUGGACUGGGCAAAUGGGAAAAUCGAUAUUGAAAUCGUGAUCAGCCUCCCUUUCCGGAAACUGAAUUUACUGUCCAAUACUGAACACAGCCUGCUCACCCUUCUUCAAGUCUUCCACCCUGACAUCAAAGAUAUGUCUCUCUUUAUCAGCCAUACGUCUGUCCUAAUCCUUGAUGGUCUAGAUGAAACCAAAUUCCCUCUGGACUUUGAGAAUAACGUCAUAAUGUCUGAUGUAACUGAGAAAAAAACAGUGGAUGUGUUGCUGACAAACCUUCUCAACGGUCAUCUCCUCCCCAACACUCGGCUGUGGAUAACAGCCCGACCGGAAGCUGCCAAUAAGCUCUGCCGACAGUAUUUUCACAUUGACCAGGUCAAUGAGAUCCGAGGGUUCGAUGAUGCUCAGAAAGACACUUAUUUCAAGACGAAAAUCAAAGACGAGGAAAUGGCGAAUAAAGUAAUUGACGCUCUCAAACAUUCGCCUAGCCUCUACAUCAUGUGUCACAUUCCUGUGUUCAGUUGCAUGUCCGCGAUGGUUCUUCAGAAUCUCUUUAGUGAGAAGACUACACCAUACGAUAGGCCUUUGCCUACGACCAUUACCGACAUGUAUAUCCAUUACCUGAUUGUCCAAACUCAAAUCAGUUUCAGGAAGUACGAAAUAAACCAGCUUGAAGAUGAACAAGCUGUGAUGACACAGUACAAGGGCACCAUUUUGAAUCUGGGAAAGCUUGCAUAUGUAAACCUGAUGCGUAAAAAUGUCCUCUUCAGCACGAACGACAUGAAGGACUGUGAGAUAUCGCCCGACGAUGCUGCCAAGUUCCCUGGUCUUUGCACUGAGUAUCGUGACCUAAAACAUGGCCUGUAUGAGCGCAAAAUAUUUUCAUUUGUGCAUCUAAGCAUCCAGGAAUUCUUUGCUGCCCUAUAUGCAUUUAAUACAUUUGCAAACGAGCAAGAUUCAGGAAGUUCCCCAGUUAAAACAAAGAAAGGGAAGGACUCAGAGACUUUACUUGAUUUCCUUAAGAAGGAACUUAACCGUGCUUUGGAUAGCGAGAACGGACACCUGGACCUGUACGUGCGCUUCCUGUUCGGUGUCUCCCAUGACUCCAGGGACCUCCUUGGAAGUAUUCUUCCAAAAAUGCCCAGCAGUGCAGAAUGCCACAAGAAGCUGACUGGGUACAUGAAGAUCCUGAAGAGGAAAGGUCUUUCUCCAGAGCGGUGUAUCAACCUGAUCCAUUGCCUCAACCAGUUUAAAGACCAAUCUGCUCUGGAAAUGGUGACAAACUCCUGCUCCUCGGGCAAACCACUGACUCCGUUCCAGUGCACUGCUGUAGCUUACGAGCACAUGGUGCUAAAGAAGUCAGAGGAGUUCGACUUCAGGAACAAGAAAACAUCGGAUGAAGGCUUUUACAGACUGGUUCCUGCCCUGCGUUCCAGCGUCACAGCAAAACUCUGCCUUUGUGACGUCACACCACCAACAAGCGAUCCCCACUUCACAGUCCGUACACCACCACUGUGUGCGACACUGGCUUCAGUUUUCCGGUCCGACCUGUCUCGUUUGACCACGCUGGUCCUCAGCCGCAACAACCUGGGAGGGAGCAUGGGAGUGGAUCGUCUGUGUGAUGGACUGAAGCACCAGAACUGCAAGGUGGAAACCCUCGACCUCAGCUUCAACGGCCUUGGAACCCAAGACGUGAACGGGAUCUGUGAACUGCUGACCAGGCCAACUUCAAAACUUAUGACCUUGGAUCUGAGUAACAAUGACCUUGGGGACCAGGGCAUGGCCUUUCUCACAGGUGCUCUCUGUCGGUCUGCCUGUCAGCUGCAGGUACUGAGGCUUUCAGGCUGUGGCGUCACCAAGGCAACCCCGUUCCUCAACAUAAUCCAGAAGUCGGACACUCCGGUUAUUCUGAAGCUGCUGGAUCUGAGCUACAAUCCUUUAGAGGAUGUGGAAUCUCAUGUUGUCCAAGAGUUCUUGAAGCUGGGGAUUACAGUCAAUGUUGAGCAUAGAGAAGAGAGCAGAAUCAAACCAGGACUGGACAAAUACGCGUGCGACCUCACACUCGACGCCCGCACGGCAAACUGUUUCCUCUCCGUGUCCGAGGACGGCAGGAAGGUAACGAGGCUGAGGAAGCAGUCGGACAUUCCUGCCUCUCCAGAGACGUUCGAUGCGUGCGUACAGGUUUUGUCCCUGGAGAACCUCCGCCAUCGCCAUUACAUAGAGUUGGAAUGUGUGCAUGACGCAUAUGUGGGAGUGGCCUAUGAGAAGAUCCCUAGGAAAGGGGCCGGGAAAGACGUCGGACUAGGUUGCAACGCCGAUUCUUGGAUUCUGUACGUUUAUAAAGAUGAAUGCUACGCGCAGCACAAUAACCAUAAAGUUAGCCUGUGUCCCCCCGCAGUCUCGUACAGGAUUGGUGUGUACCUGGACUGGCCCGCCGGGGUCCUGUGUUUCUAUGGCAACAACGGUGGCAAGCGGACUCCGCUGUAUAUGUUCCACGCCACGUUCUCCGACCCGCUGCAUCUAGCCUUGAGACUGGGUUCUCCAAAUACAGUUGUGGAACUGUCUGCACUGCCCCAACCCAAGUGUGAGGCUAACUGAAUCCUGGUCAUACAUCGCAUGUGACGUUGUACUGUUAAGCAAACAUGCUUAUCCAAAGCGCCAUACAAAUAGUGUGUGUAGUAUGUCAUACAUAUGCGUGUAGUACAUUACAGGAAACAGUUGUGACUGUCUACUUAUGGUGGUUAGAGCCAGGGAAUGGUAUUUUACAGUACAACAAUAUCAUCUCAAACACAGUCAAAUCAUAAAACUACUGAAAUGACUUAUCCCUUGUGAUGUCACAAUGACCCAAAGGUUCACAACAACCUAUCGUUGUGCUGCGACAACUUUACCCAAUACAAAAACAAAUCAAAAGCAUUUUCUUUUAAUAAAACAUAGACGCAUCGACAAUCGACUGGAAUUUCAGUGACAAACUUUUUUUGGGUAGCUUAGCAGGACUCGUUCUUUUUUAUGAGCUAAAGAUUGUGUCGAUGCCAGACUGUGGAGCUGAAUGAAGCGAUAACAGGGUUCACCUUACGACCUAUACAACACUAGAAAAAAAUACAAUGGUUAACGUUCCAAAUGUUUGUAAAGAAACUGAUUUCAUAAGCCUGUUCAUUUGUAUUAAAUUAUAUAAUUGUC